AUGGUCGGAGCUGAAAAUGCUAUCAGUGAGGCGGAGUUGGGGAUGAAGAUGGACUUGAGCCAUGAGGAAGUUGUCCAUAUGACAGAGUUGUCUGAGGAAGAUAAAGUUAUCGAGAAGGCACUGCGUAGACGCAUUGAUGCCCUGAUUAUGCCACUGGCUAUUCUGGUCUAUCUGAUGAAUUAUAUUGAUCGCAACAAUUAUGCCGCAGCGAAACUCCAGGGCCUUGAAGAGGACCUCAACCUCGAUGAUACCAAAUACCAAACCGGCCUCUCUAUUCUCUUCGUUGGAUACAUUCUCAUGCAGGUACCUUCAAACAUGCUUCUGAACUACAUGGGCCGACCAUCCCUGUACAUCGGGUUCUUCGUCACCGCUUGGGGGCUGGUAUCGACAUUGACAAGUCAAGUUACAAGCUAUGGAGGAAUUGUGGCCUGUCGAUUCAUUCUAGGUCUGGUUGAAGCACCAUUCUUCUGCGCUAUUCUCUUCUAUCUAUCCAAAUGGUAUACAAAGAAAGAACUGGCUUUCCGUAUGAGUAUCUUCUACUCCGGCUCCCUGCUGAGUGGCGCUUUCGGAAAUCUCAUUGCCGCUGGUAUUCUCAACGGUCUUAAAGGCCAACGAGGACUUACGGCAUGGCAAUGGCUUUAUAUUAUCGAAGGUUCCAUCACCUGUGCCAUCGGACUGGUCAUUUGCUUCGUUCUACCCGACUUUCCGGAGACAUGGAAACUUCUGGACCCGGAGAUGCGCCGAGUUGCCCAGCGACGUCUGGCCAUUGAGGCUGGCCAGUCCGAUGUGGAUGAAGGGGGUGGCAAAACACAGGUGGAGGGAUUCAAACUCGCAAUGACCGACAUCAAAACAUAUGCAUUCGCCCUGGCAUAUAUGUGCAUCACCGGAGCUUCAGGUUUCCAGAACUUCUUCCCGACAUUGGUGAAGACUCUCGAGUUGCCCGAAACCAUCACUCUGGUGCUGGUGGCACCCCCAUAUCUCUUCAUGGUUGUAUAUUCCCUUUGCCACUCUGUGGCUUCUGAUAAGCUGGAGAAGAGGUUCUGGUUCUUCAUUUACCCGAUCCCGAUCACUAUCAUUGGAUUUGUCAUCUUCAUGACAACCAACUCUUUUGGACCACGCUACUUCUCGUUCUUCUUGAUGGUCUUCGUCUUCGCCCAGAAUGGAACUCUAUACUCUUGGCUGGCGAGCUCCAUUCCUCGUCCACCGGCCAAGCGCGCUGUGGCCUUCGCAUUUUUCAACUCAGUUGGAAACAGCGCUUCAAUUUGGACCCCUUACACAUAUUUUGAAAGGGAAAAACCUCAUUACAUCACGGCAAUGGGUGUUUGCAUUGCGCUGCAGAUCGUUGGUGGCCUUGCAGCCACCUUCUUAUACUUCAAUUUGAAAAUGCUCAACAAACGCCAGGAGCGUAUAGAGAAUGAGGAGGUGCAGCUUAGUGAGAAGGAUAUUCGUCGGUUGCAGGUUACUGCUGAUAUUGAGGGAAUUGAUAUUGCCGCUGCUAGACGGCUGCAGAAGGGAUUCCGUUAUGUAUUGUAA